UCGUCCCCUGCAGCGAACGUUCGCUGUCUCAGAUACACCAUUUCCAACUAUAAGUCGCGUUCAUGCUAUGAAUCCGAAUUUCAGACUCAACUUUUAAUGAACUCAAACUUACAAAACAGCAGAGAACUUCGUAAAAAGUGAUGUUUAUUUUUCUUAAUAGUAACGUGUGUGUAAAAUAUUAAAAAAAUAUUAAUUUUAUUUGUGUAAGAGACUGUAAUACUGUAGUUUUUAAUGCUCCUAAUAUUGGAUGACUAUACUAUGUUGUGAGAAUAUUAGUUUAGUUUAGUGUGUUUUAGAGGAGUGAAGUAUUUAGCUGCCGUGGCGAUUGAUGGUCGUAAUACCAUCGACUUACAUCCCACUUCUGAUACCGCAAAUAUAAUUGAGAAUGUUAAGAACUAAGAAGAGAAUACACCACAAAAAGUAUAAGGUUCGUUAAAGUAUGAGCCACUGAUCAUCAUGAUAGAAGACGGUGGACGUGUAACGUCGAAGCGCACUACACGAACUGAUCCACCGUUGAUAGAAGAAGGCAACUGCUGUUUCAUAUCUCGUAGAGACGAUACAAGACUGUUCUGCUGCCGAUGUGCUCAUAAACGCCGCGCAUCGCCUCUGACUUGCCUAGCAAUAUGCUUCCUCGUUCUAACGUACAACCUCAUUGGCGGGUUUUUAUUCCUCGCUCUAGAAGGCAACUCAAUCCCAGAAGAAACAUCAGUCGCUGCAUCUAAACCAAACUUGAGCCAAUCCCAAAGUGGUGAUCUUAGAUCUAAAACAGUAGAACGUCUUUGGUCAAUAACUGAGGAUUUAAACAUACUUUACAAGGAGAACUGGACCAAGCUAGCAGCAAAAGAGUUGAUGGAUUUCCAGAAAAUUCUGAUAAAGUCAAUGCAAACUGGAGAGAUACCUAAUAUUUCGACGCACUACGACUCAAUAGAUUAUCGUUGGACGUUUGCUGGCAGUUUUCUAUAUGCACUCACUCUUAUCACUACUAUUGGUCACGGGAGCGUUACACCUAAAUCAUCUACGGGAAAGCUGGUGGCAGUAGCGUACGCCUGUAUCGGGAUCCCGCUCAUAAUGCUGUACUUGUCAACGAUUGGCGAAGCCCUUGCGAGAAACUUUCGAGCCCUCUACUCCAAACUUUGCCCAGCGAGAUUAAAAAGGGGAGACUUUCAUACAAAAGCCGAUUGUCUUAGUCGAUACUCGCUACCCGGUGUUGAGUGCAGGCAAUUUGUAGACUGUGAUAGGAAAGACAAAAUAUACGAACGUCAAAAACGAACGCCGUUCCAAGCUGCUUUAAACCUUGACAGUUUUAGCGGAGGCUAUCAUUGGACAUGUCGGGACCAUACGCGAGUGCCAAUUGUUCUAAGUUUACUUCUCAUCGUCCUUUAUAUCGCUUUAGGUACGUUCGUAUUCCAUACAACGGAAAGGUGGACUUUUAUAGAUGGAUGUUACUUUUCAUUUUCAAGUCUUGCAACAAUAGGCUUUGGAAACUUGAAGCCUGGAUUGUAUGCCAGCACUGUGUCAGCGAAAGCGGAAGAUAUCGCUGUUGGAGUGUGCUGUAUAUAUAUUUUAGUGGGAAUAGUAGUAGUAGCUAUGUGUUUUAAUCUAAUUCAGGAGGACAUGAGUUCAGUGUUGCGCGGCUUUACAGCACUCUGUACAGGCAGUUCUAAAACUCGCGCAGUUCACAAUGUGGAGCAAUGUGAUGAUAAGAUUUCAAUGGCCGUCGUAUCUUGACAUAGGGAGGCGGCUGAAGGGCCGCCUGUGAGUUGCCAGGAGAAAAGGGCACAAGUGACUUUUAAGAUCGAUAGUUCGAAUCCGACAAAGUUCAACAGUUUGCCCCGACGGAAGUCAUCGGCUUAUGGAGAAGAGAGUUUCCAAAGGAAUACUCCGGCACGUCGAUCAGCGGGGCAUGCCGAGCGCUGUGUUGAGUACUUUGUACCGCGCAGUUUAAGUGAAUUUAAUCUAAGUGGUGCUGGUGUAGGUGCGAGCGAGUUGAUGUCGGUUGGCGUUAGUUCGUUUAGUGAACGGGCGCGGGCUCGGCGCGACAAAAUGGUGACAUUUGAGGACGAAAGUGCUGCCUCCGAGAAUCGUGUGCUCGCGGAUGACGUGUUCAUGUAAUAGACACGUCACCUUUGUAACUAAAUAAAAAGUUGUUGGUUUGGACACGAUUUGUUAUAUAUUAAUAAAGUUUUACAAUUAAC